AUGGAUACAUUAGAAAUCGAAGUUGUUCCAAGAGUUGAUAAAGAAGAUAGAUUUACUAUCAAACCAUUAAAAGAAACUUUAUCAUUCGAUAAAGGUUUCUUUUUAUCAGUCAAAGCUAUUCAAAUGUUAAGAAAGAAGAGUCAAGGCAAGGUUGUAGUCAUUGGUAUUGCUGGACCUUCAGGUGCCGGUAAAACAAGUUUAGCACAAAAAAUUGUAUCAGUAUUACCAAAAUCAUGUUUAAUUUCAUUGGAUAAUUAUUUAGAUAGUUCAAGACAAAUUAUUGAAGAGAAUUAUGAUGAUUAUAGAUUAGUCGAUUUUGAAUUAUUAAGAAAUAAUAUUAGUGAUUUAAUUAGUAACAAGUCUACAGAUUUACCAUUGUAUGAUUUCACAAAGAGUGGCAGAUAUGCAUAUAAAAAAGUCCAACCUCCAGAAUCCAAGGUAUUGUUAAUCGAGGGUAUCUAUGCAUUACAUGAAGAGAUCCGUCAUUUAUUAGAUAUGCGUAUUUCAAUUUCAGGUGGUGUUCAUUUCGAUUUAAUUAAAAGAAUUUUCAGAGACGUUCAUAGAACUGGUCAACAACCACACGAAUCACUUCAACAAAUUACAGAUACUGUUUAUCCAAUGUACAAAGCUUUUAUCGAACCAGAUCUUCAAUUGGCAGAGAUUCAAAUCGUCAACAAGUUUAAUCCAUUUGGUGGCUUAUUAAAUCCAAUUUACAUUUUAAAGUCCCUCAAGAAUGUCACUGUAGAACAAAUUCACUCUGUUUUAAAUAAAUCAACUAUCCAACAACAUACAGCUCGUUACUAUGAUAUCUAUUUAAUCCCACCAAACACUACCUUUAGUCAAACCUCUUCAUGUGAUUGGAUUCGUGUUAGAAAUUAUGAUGGUCAAUAUAGCAUUAUGUUUAGUGAAGAGAUUAAAGAAGGUCCAUUCAUUAUCUCACCUCGUGUAGAUUUUGUUGUCGGUGUAAAUAUGUUGGGUGGUUUAAUGUCAUUAGGUUAUCAAAUGGUUGCUAUUAUUCACAGAAAGUCAACAAUUUUUAAGGAUGGUAAAAUCAUUAUCUCUUAUGAUGAAUUAGAAGAGUUGGGUCAAACAUAUGUUCAAAUUAAAGGUUUUGAUGCUAAUAGUGUCCAAGAUGCUGGUAAAAAGUUAGGUUUAGAAGAUAAUUAUAUUCAAAAAUCUUAUAUCGAAUUAUAUCAAGAUAAAUACAAAAAAUCUUUAAAUAACAUAACAAAUGGUAUUGGUGCAAUUAAAGAUGAAAAUAAUAAUAAUUUAUCUUUAUCCACUUUUAUUAACUCCAAAUUAUAA